ACUUAUAUACAAAAAAACAGAGCUACAGAAGAAGACAUAUUAAGAGCUGUCUAAGAAAACAAGAUGACAGAGAAGAAGAAAGAGAAAGAAAGGUGUGUGUGUCACACGCGGAGGAGCCUGGAUGCGAUUUCUUUCCACUCAGACGUGAGAGGUCGUCUGAUAACGCUGAGUGACGGAGGCCGCCGGGUGACGAGGGACGUGACUUCAUUCUGUCACGGACUGACGUUCAGCGCGCGGCCGGUGGAGAGAGCGGAGAAGGUGCGCCUGCGGGUCGAGCGCUCUGACGGAGUCUGGCACGGAGCACUGCGGGUGGGAUUUGCUCAUGUUCCCCCCGAGGACACACUUCUACCCCCUCUGGCCAUCCCAGACCUGACCGACUCUCCUCUGUACGCGGCGGUGUUAGUUCCCGAGCACUUAUGUCGCCCCGGCUCAGAGCUUCAGUUCUGGCUGAAGAAGAACGGCAGUCUGAGGAUUCGAUGUUCCAAGGGAAGAACACACACGGUACCGACAACCCUGAAGCCCGAGUGGCCCUUCUGGGCGAUGAUCGACGUGUACGGGCAGACCACGGCUGUCACGAUGCUGGGCUCCAAAAAGAAGCGCUGGAUCUUCACCAGUAAGUCCUGUCCUGCUCACACACACAUCAAACUCACUGAAAAUAAAGGAACGCAGGAAGGAGAGAGACACGUGAGCUUGCUGGAACAGAGAAACCUGAGAAACCAUCAGCUUGAUAACACGGAUCAUGAAGCUUCAGACUGUGAGGAGUGUGUGGUGUGUUACAGUGAUGUGGCAAACUGUCGUCUGAGCUGCGGUCAUAAAUGUGUCUGUACUCCGUGUGGGAUGAGGGUUCACAUGAUGUUUGGGACCUGUCCUCUGUGCCGUCAGCCCUUGAGCAGUCCCAUGAGUGUCCAUCCCAGUUCAACUAACAGCCAUAUUGUUUGUUGAAUGUAUAUUGAAUGUAUUUUAAUUCCAUAAGUGCAGCUGAAAUGUACAGAUCUGUCACUGCACUGUGUAGAUGUUGUAUUUUUUUGUACACUCAUUUAAGUCUCUUACGAUUAAAUUCACAGAGCGAUGAUAUAUUUGUAUUCAGAAUCAUAUUGAUUAUCUAUUUUUAAAUGUAUGU